AUGCUGACGCCGAAAAAGCUUGUGAAAAUGGCAAGAAAAUGGCGUAGAGUGGCUGCCAAAGGUGAUUCAACAUUGGCCCACAAAGGCCAUUUUGUUGUCUAUACUGCGGAUAACAAUCGUUUUGUGAUACCGUUACAUUAUCUUAAUAACAACAUCUUUCGUGUGCUCUUGAAGAUGUCAGAGGAUGAGUUUGGCUUGCCAACGAAUGGACCAAUCACGUUGCCUUGUGACUCAAGCCUCAUGAAGUAUAUUGUGUAUGUUUUUGAACGAGCUUUGACAAUAGAACUUGAGGCUCUACUCGUUUCAAUCGCUGCAAAUAGAUGUAAUUCUAUAGAUCAAGGAACCAAGAAUGAGAAAAGCAUGUUACUUUGUGGUUUCUAA